AUGCUGAUGCUGUGGAGAAGGCAGUGGCCGCCGUUGUUCAGAACUCGGACCUAUCACGAUAUUGGCCAACUUUGUCUGCAUUGUGUGAGCGAGCAUGCUAUGCAGCACUCCAUAGACUCGUGGAGGCAAACUCUCGAGGUUAACACCACCGGGUCAUUAAUCAUUGCUCAGGCCGUUGCCAAAACAAUGGCGGAGGCCAAAACAGGGGGCAGCAUUGCUCGGGUGGCGAGCAUAUCGGGCACUUGGGUGAACUUCCCGCAGCUACAGGCUGGGUACAACGCUUCCAAGGCGGCUGUUAUUAUGAUGAAGAGUUCUUUGGCUGUGGAGUGGGAUCGGUAUGGGAUUACGGUGAAUACCAUCAGCCCCGGCUAUAUGAACACCAUUCUCAACGAGGGAGAGGGACUUGAUGAGGUGAAGAAGAUUUGGCUGGCCAGGAACCCGAUGGGGAGGAUUGGCGAGCGGGAGGAGCUGUGUGGUGCUGUGGUUCUUCUUGCUUGUCGAGCGGGAAGCCACAUCACUGGGGCAGAUAUCGUUGUGGACGGCGGUCAGUCUCUUUUGUGCUCUCGCUUUGAAGUCCUUUGGUGUAUGAAAAGGAAAAGGCCAUCAAACACAUGA